AUGUCCCUCCGCAUCGCACCCCCCAGCGGCAACCGCACCUCAACCACCAACACCUCCGCCCGCCUCCAAACCACACACUCCGCCAACCUCUCCAAGGGCGCCCCCUCAGCCCCCGGUCUCCCCGACACCCUCCGCAACAAGCUCACCCUCCCCGCCACUGCAACCGCCUCCUCAACCAACAACCCGUCCGCAGCAGACAUCCCCUCCUCGACACACCCGCUCGAAGCCCGCCUGCUGGCCUGGCGCGCCACCCAAGACUCCAUGAAGAUGGAGUCUCUGCGUCGGGCGUACGGUAUUGCGGAGCCCGUGCGUCGGGGCAUGGAGCUUAAGAUUGUUCGGGAUGGCGACGAUCUUCGGGAACCACCCUCGUUCCAUGAUGAGAUGGAGAAGAGGCUGAAGAUGGACUUCUAA